GAAUUGCGGUCACUUUCCUAUCUGCGAAUCGGAUAGCAGAAGUUGUCAUAACUCACAACAAAGGUCCAUUCUUGAACCAGUAAUAUAACGCUCUCUCUUUUUUCAUACUAUAUAUUAUCAAAGCAAAAAAAGAGAUAAAGUCUUCCCUUAUCAAAGUGAAAGCCAUGAAAUUGGCUUCCAUAAUCCAUAAUAACCACACUACUCAAUCCCCUCCAAACUUCAUCUCCAGGAGCAGGACCACAAUCUCUUCUCCUGCUAAAUGUCCAAGAUGGGUGCACUUUCAAUCACCACCUCUUCAAUUUCGAGCACCCAUUUUAGUUGGGUGUAAUUGUAGACGAAGAUAUAGUGCGGUGAUUUCCUGCUUGAAGAAAUCUGAACAAGAAACAGAAUCAUCUACUGCUGAAGAAAAAACUCAAGGGUCUGGCAAUUACGUGUCUUCUGUCAGGACGGUUGCCUUGUGUGUGUUUUCAGCAGUGGCAUUUGGUGUUGGCGUGGGGUUCAUGGAGGGAGUUACCAAGGCAUCUGAAUUUUUCGCUGGGUAUCUGCUUGAGCAGAGUUUGUCAGUGGACAAUUUAUUUGUAUUCGUUCUGAUAUUCAAAUAUUUCAAAGUACCACUUAUGUAUCAGAACCGGGUGCUCUCAUAUGGAAUUGCUGGUGCCGUUAUCUUCAGAUUGUCUAUCAUACUGCUAGGAACAGCAACCCUGCAGAGAUUUGAGGCAGUUAACCUACUGUUGGCUGGGAUUCUUCUAUACUCGUCAUUCAAGCUGUUCACGGCAGAAGAAGACGACGAUGAUCUAUCUGACAAUUUCAUUGUGAAGACCUGCCAGAAAUUCAUUCCCAUCACAUCUGAAUAUGAUGGUGACCGGUUCAUAACUUUGCAGGAUGGUGUAUGGAAAGCUACACCUUUACUUUUGACAGUGGCGGUUAUUGAACUCAGUGAUAUUGCAUUCGCUGUUGAUUCUAUACCAGCAGUUUUUGGUGUCACAAGAGAUCCUUUCAUAGUUUUCACUUCCAAUCUCUUUGCAAUUUUGGGAUUAAGGUCAUUGUACACGCUCAUUUCUGAAAGUAUGGCGGAGUUGGAAUAUCUACAGCCUUCCAUUGGUAUUGUCCUGGGAUUCAUUGGAUUCAAAAUGAUCCUAGACUUUUUCGGAUACCAUGUUUCCACUGAGGCGUCUCUUGGUGUUGUAGCGACAUGUCUUAGUGCUGGAGUCUUGCUGAGUCUUGUUAAAAAAUCUGAUCAAUGAGUUGGGGUGCUCUCUGAGAUGCUGAUCUUUCUUUAGGAGAGGAUAAAGGAUAUGUAUUGUGUUCCUUUUUUAUUCUCUUCUUUGUUGCCUUGGCCAUUACAUCUUUUACCAGUGUGCCCUGCUCUGCCAAAUGUACUUUAUUCCAUUACAGUGCAAAAAAUACCAUCAAUCUUUAACAUAUUUUUGCAAUAAAUUAAUUUCUUUGA